UGGAUAAUGCACGACUGGAGCGACGAGGAUUGUGUCAAGAUAUUGAAAAACUGUCGAAAAGCAGUACCAGAGAAGACCGGGAAAGUGAUCAUUAUAGAUGUGGUUUUGAAUCCAGAAGGUGAUGGCCUGUUUGACAACACUGGUUUGGUGUUUGAUCUUCUGAUGAUUGCUCACAGCUCGGGCGGAAAAGAAAGGACUGAACCCGAAUGGAAGAGGUUGCUGGAGGAUGGAGGCUUCCCGCGCUACAAGGUCAUCAAAAUUCCGGCCUUUCCAUCCAUCAUCGAAGCCUAUCCAGAGUGA